AGAAAGAAGUGUGGAGGCUCUUAAAGACUACAAGGGGUACUCCACACAAACAAAGAAAGGAAGCAGAGAGGGGACCUGGUUUAAUUCACUGCCUACAAGAACAACAAUCAGCUGAGAGCACUUUGUAUUCCUUAUUUUCUCCUCUCAGUGAGCAACAAACACUUUUUCAUUUUUUCUCUCUAAGAAGACGCACAACUGACAGUAGCAGCGAUGGCGCCCUCUCUCCUGCAGGCGUACAGGAGGCGCUGGUGGAUGGCGGUGACGGCGGUGCUUGAGAACCUGCUGUGUUCGGCGGUGCUGCUGGGCUGGGGCUCCCUUCUCAUCAUGCUGAAACGAGAAGGCUUCUACUCCCACCUCUGCACAGCAUUAAAUGAUUCCUCGGUCAAGUCUUUGGGUAACUCCACGGACGGUGAUGUGGAUGAGUUUCUUUACUGCGUGGACCAAGAAGAGAUGCUGAAUCUGGGCUUUACCAUUGGGUCCUUCUUGCUCAGUGCCACCACCCUGCCACUCGGUAUCCUGAUGGACAGAUUUGGGCCACGCCCAAUUCGCCUGGUGGGCAGUUUCUGUUUUGGCCUGUCCUGUGUUAUAAUGGCUGGGUCUGCCUACAAUCCUAAGGUUCUGUCAGCGCUCAUUUUCUUGGCUCUCUCCCUGAAUGGCUUCGGAGGCAUCUGUCUGACCUUCACAUCCCUAACGCUGCCCAACAUGUUUGGUUCCCUGAGCUCCACCAUCAUGUCUCUGAUGAUCGGGUCCUACGCCUCCUCAGCUGUCACCUUUCCUGGAGUCAAGCUGAUCUACGAUGCAGGUGUGUCUUUCCACGUGAUCAUGUGGGUUUGGGCAGGCCUUGCCGCGUUUGUCUUUUUCAACUGUUUCCUCAACUGGCCCACUGAAGGCUUCCCAACACCCGACGAAGUAGACUACAGUAAGAUCCUCACACUGCAGGAGACGCCUUCAUCAGACCAGAAGGGUGUCGCUGAGAAACUUAGCGAGAAAAAUGGAGAUGUACGACACUCAACAGAGAAACUCCCUAAUGGACCUGACUCUGAUUCUGCAGCCAAGUCUCCUCCCUUCCGAAAUUCUGUGUUCUCCCCCAUCUUCUUGUGGAGUCUGGUGACGAUGGGGAUGUCCCAAUUGAGGAUCAUCUUCUUCAUGGGGGCGAUGAACAAGAUGCUGGAGUUCAUGGUCACCCACGGCAAAGAGCAUUCACCUGAAGAGCUGCUGAAUGCAACCGAAGAGAAAGUGAGUUUCUACUCGUCCAUCUUCGGCACACUGCAGCUGCUGUGCCUGCUCACAUGUCCUCUGAUUGGAUACAUCAUGGACUGGAAGAUGAAGGAGUGCACCGAUGAGAAGACCGUCUCCCCAGGCACAGAGCAGGGGCAGACCAGUUUACCCAGGAGAGACCGUAAGAUCCAGAAACUGACCAACGCCAUGAGGGCCUUCAUUUUAACCAACCUGCUGCUGCUCGCCUUCGGAUGCUGCUGCCUCAUAGACAGUCUGCCUCUACAGAUCCUGACCUUCAUCCUCCACACGAUGGUCCGAGGCUUCAUCCACUCCUGCUGCGGAGGACUUUAUGCUGCUGUAUACCCAUCCAACCACUUCGGCACUCUGACAGGCCUUCAAUCCAUGAUCAGCGCUUUGAUCGCUCUCCUUCAGCAGCCGCUAUUUAUUGCCAUGGUCGGACCACUUAAAGGAGAUCCCUACUGGAUAAACCUCGGCCUGAUCCUCUUCUCCUUGGCUGGCUUCCUGUUACCGAGUUAUCUGUACUACCAUCGCAGACAGCUGCUGAGGGAUAUGGAGGCCAGUGAUAAGCGAGUGACCGGACAGGAGAUGCAGGCGCUCAACGACAACGGAGCCAACGGUUACAAACCCCACACUAAUGGCCUUGCUGCUGCAGAGGCUUAGAGCUGCACCACAAAUUACAGAGGGCAUUGUAGGUUUUUAUUUAGUAUGUGCCUUCAGAAUGAGCACCAGCUAACUAUGCAUCCAUAUACACUCACUGGCCACUUUAUUAGGUACACCUGUUCAGCUGCUCGUUAACGCACAUUUCUAAUCAGCCAAUCAGAUGGCAGCAACUUAAUGGUUUUAGGCAUGUAGACAUGGUCAAGCACACCAGUUGACGUUCAACCAGAGCAUCACAAAGGGGAGGAAAGGUGAUUUAAGUGACUUUGAAUGUGGCAUGGUCGUUGGGGCCAGAAGGGCUGGCCUGAGUAUUUCAGAAACUGCUGAUCUACUGGGAUUUUCACGCAUAACCAUUUCUAGGGUUUACAGAGAAUGCUCAGAAAAAGAGAAAAUAUCUAUUAUUAUGAGCGGCAGUUGUCAGGGCGAAAAUGCCUUGUUGAUGCCAGAUGUCGGAGGAGAAUGGCCAGAAAGGUUAAAAAUGAUAACCACUCGUUACAACCAAGGUAUGCGUACGACAAUCUCUGAGCCCACAACACGUGGAACCUUGAAGCAGAUGGGCUAAAGCAGCAGAAGACCACACCGGGUGCUGACUCCUAUCAGCUAAGAACAGGAAACUGAGGCUACAAUUUGCAUAGGCUCACCAAAAUUGGAUAAUAGAUGAUGCAUGUAUCAAUGGUUCAGGCUGGUGGUGUUGGUGUAAUGAUGUGGGGGAAAACAUUUUGGCAUACUUUGGGCCCCUUAGUUCCAAUUGAGCAUUGUUUAAACGCUACAGCCUAUCUGAGUAUUGUUGCUGACCAUGUCCAUCCCUCUAUGACCACAGUGCACCCAUCUUCUGAUGGCUAAUUCCAGCAGGAUAACGCGCCAUGUCACAAAGCUCGAAUCAUCACAAACUGGUUUCUUGAACAUGACAAUGAGUUCACUGCACUCAAAUGGCCUCCACAGUCACCAGAUCUAAAUCUUAUAGAGCAGCUUGAUGUGGCAGAACAAGAGAAGCACAGCCGACAUUUCUGCUGCAACUACAUGUUGCUAUCAUUUCAAUAUGGACCAAAAUCUCUGAGGAAUGUUUCCAGGACCUUGUUGAGUGUAUUCCAUAAAUAAUUCAUGCAGUUCUGAAGGCCAAACUAGCAAGGUGUACCUAAUAAAGUGGCCGGCGAGUGUAUAUUUCAUUGUUCCAGUAGUGUUUUGGUCAUUGCUGGUGCACAUUUUGCUCACUACAAACCAAACCAAACCACAGAGAAAAUAGGAUUCCUCAUGUUUCAAUAUCACUCAUAGUUAGAAUUUCAGUUCCUUAUGAUUUCGGUAGAUGUGUCAUCAUCAUUUGUUUAUUUAUUUUGGAUAUAAGUGUCAAAUAGCCAAAUCAAUGUGAUUUUAAGCCAUAGAUUUCAAUAUCUACCAAACACACAAAGAAACGUGCACACACCCUUUGACAGACUGUGUUUUAGGUUGCGGAUAUAAUGGUACUUGAAAUUCUAUUGUAUAGUUUUAAAAAUCUAUCUCUGGUAAUCAUCACAAUCCUCGCUAAAACCAAAGAACAGCUUAAAAAUACUUGGAAAGUUGCACUUUUUACUUCAGUGUUGUUUCAAAAGUGUGCUUAAUGAAGCAAACGUUCAGUGUAUUGUGCUGUUUCUACUGUAAUCCCUCCGGUUAAAAAAAAACUAUACUCGUAUAUGUGUAGAACAAAGCAUAUAUACGUAUCAAAGAAAUGCUAAAGCAUUCGAACAACUGAAUACCAGUUUUCUGGUACAUGUAAAGAAGCAUUUGAGGUUUUUUCAGAGCAGAAGUUAUUUAUACACUCACACACAUACACACACACACACCUUUGAAGUAGUAAAAAUAUCUGUCAUGGUCAGUGGAGCAGGUUGUAGAGACACCAUAUCUACCUCCUCUGUUUAAAUUUGUAGUGUCUCUCUGCAACCGACCCCCUCGUCUGUUCAUCAAUGUUUGUUUUUGUCAUUAGGAACUAUUAAACAUAUAGUUUUUAAAUAUCUAAAAUGAAAAAUGAAUUAAGUACAUAAUUUCUCAUGUGCAUUCACCACAGAGGUAUUGCUUAGUCAGCCCCUUGCAUUUCUGGAUUUUGACAUUCGCAGACAAAAUAUUUUUUUAUAUAAAGGAAAAGUAUGUAUUAUGGAACAUUCACAAGGAAAAAUAUGACUGACUUAAAAAAAUGUUGAUCACUUGUACUGCUUUAUGCACAGGAAUGAACUAGUGUGUGUGUAUAAAAUAUGUAUUUAAGUGUAUUUUUAUACUCUAGCUGCAUUAGCAUGAAAAGGGAAGCAUUUGUUUUAGUAAAAGUUGUUUUGUAGUGUGCUUACCUUAAAAGAAGCUUAGAUGAUUGAUUGCGUAUUCCGCGUUUGCCUUUUUGUGUUGCUUGUUUUGUAAACAAACCUCCAUCAAUUUGUUUUUUGUAAAUAUAACUGAGGUGUGUCUUAUCGCAUAUUCUGCUUGAUUUAUUAUAUAUGGGUGUGUACAGUAUAUAAACUCAUGGCUGAGAGAUACUGGCUGUGUUUUUAAUUGAGAUUUUUCUGCUUGGAUGCCCAAAGUCACAAUAAAAGGACAUUGUUUCAGCCAGCAGUGGAUCAAAAUAGAAGAAGAAGAAGACAUACUUUAUUAAUCCCUUACAGGGAAAUUGCUUUCUCUACUCUGUUGUGUUGACACACAUUAAACACACAGAGGAUAUACAUGCACAAACACAGAGGAAAUACAUGCACACACAACCACAUGCAGAGGAGAGGUGGCAGAGCAGAGAGGCAGCCAGGUACCCGGCGCCAAGGGAGCAGAUAGAGGUUAGGUGCCUUGCUCAAGGGCACCUCGGCAGUGGACUAGGAGGAGAACUGGCACCUCUCCAGCUACCAGCUCACUCCAUAUUAGAAAUGUAUAGAAAAUAUACAUUAUCCCAAAGUGACAACAAAUGUUUAUAUACAUGUUUGAUCUGCACACAGCAACAGUAACGUUUAGAUUAAUUUAAUCAAUUGCAUAAUUUUAAAUGAUUUGACUAUCAUUUUCGAUGUGAUGUCUGCUUUAGAUUUUUUCUUUCUCGUUUGAUGCAAUUCUUUACUGCUUUUCUUCUCCUACAUUUAAUGUGUUUAGCUUUUUUGAAUUCCUGCUCACUUGCCAUGAAGGAGAUUGUGUUUUGUUUUAACGCUGUGCCUUGCUCCUAUCUUGCCUUUAAGUCAACAGAUUGGAAUGUAAGAUUUAUGCCUCUGCCAAACAUCUUUCUAGGUAAACCAAAGCCAAUGAGUGGGGACUGUAAGCUAAUUGAUGGUACGGCCCUUUCAUCAGGAGCUUCAGAACAGGAAUACAAUGCAUUAGUCCUGCUGUAAAUGCCACUCUGAUUUUUCUUGAUUUUCACAGGUAUUGAUUCUGUUUGACGGGCUUUGUGAGGCUGUGCUUGAUAUGUUGAGUGCAUUACAAUAAGUGUUGGGGAGAUUUUCCAGGUUUGGCUUAUGUCAUUACUUUCCCCUUGCACAGUAUUUUGUAAUGUUUAAAACAAAUAUACCAGCAACUACUGACUUCUCUGUACCUCUGCCAAUUCCCAUAUAAGGUCAAUAAAUAAUUAGUCAGACAACAUCAUUUGCUGUCUGAACCCUUGGGUUGAAGUUUGAUCAACAUCUGUGAUAUCCUCUACAACAACAAAAUAUCCUUUGCCUUGUCUGUAUUAAGACUACCAUAUGAAGUGGCUUUUCUUUCUUCCCAUUCCCUUGAGGUUGAAGUGUAAAUGUAUGUCUUCUUUCAAUAACUAUUUCCAGCUUGCGCAUUUGUUAAACAAAUAAAAUAAUAAAUGUAAACAUA